GAUGACGGAGACUCUCGGGCCUUGGCAAGUGCGUCUUCAGCCCACCUCACACUUUGGGCUCCUCGGGGAGGAGGGGCUGCAGCCCUGACCCACCGUUAGCACCAUGAUCCUCGGGCUGCUCCUGGCUCUCAACCUCUUCCCCUCCAUUCAAGUAUCAGAAAACAAGAUUUUGGUGAAGCAGUCGCCCAUGCUUGUGGUGAACAACAACGCCGUCAACCUCAGCUGCAAAUACACCUACAACCUCUUUUCGAAGGAGUUCCGGGCAUCCCUUUAUAAGGGAGCCGAUAGUGCUGUGGAAGUUUGUGUUGUGAGUGGAAAUUACUCCCAUCAGCUUCAGUUUCAGUUUCAGUCAAAAACGGGAUUCAACUGCGAUGGGAAAUUGGGCAAUGAAACAGUGACAUUCUACCUCUGGAAUUUGUUUGUUAACCAAACAGAUAUUUACUUCUGCAAAAUAGAAGUCAUGUAUCCACCUCCUUACAUAGACAAUGAGAAGAGCAACGGGACCAUUAUCCAUGUGAAAGAGAAUCGGCUUUGUCCAGCUCACCAAACUCCUGAGUCUUCUAAGCCAUUUUGGGCACUGGUGGUGGUUGAUGGAAUCUUGGCUUUGUAUAGCUUGCUAGUAACAGUGGCUCUUUUUACUUGCUGGAUGAAGAAUAAGAGGAACAGGAUCCUUCAGAGUGACUACAUGAACAUGACCCCACGGAGGCCGGGGCCCACCCGCAGACACUACCACCCCUAUGCCCCAGCACGAGACUUUGCAGCCUACCGCUCCUGACACGGACGCCUAUCCAGAUGCCAGCCGGCUGACACCUCUUCACCUGCUCAACACCAUUGCUCUGGAUAGGAAAGGACUGCCUCGUCUUCAGCCGGCCAUCUCAGGCCCCUGUUAGGCCACUAACACCAAUUUUUCUUGACCAACUAGACCAAAGAACAUUAUUUUGAGACUCUGAAAUGAAGUUAAAGAAUAUUACUAUGGCAGCCUAAAUCUUGUAGUGUCAUGACCACAAUUCAAACUUACUGUGUAUUUAUUGACUUGACUGAGAGAUUAGAGUAGAAAAUAAAAAGUGAGUGAUUUCUGUUAGCCUUAAAAUCUGCUUACAGUUUUGCUCCUUUCUGAGCCCCUGCACAUGGCCAUCAAGUGAGAUGUGAUAAUGAAGGACUUUUUAGAUGGAGAAGAAAGGUUAGAAAAUCAUUCCCUGUGGUUAAGUAGGGGUUGAGGGGGGUCAUUUAGAGUGGGGGCUGAAGGGUAGAGAGACUUAAACAUUUUUAAAGUCAUGAAAACACUUUCUCAAUUAUGAAAUGAGCCACUCAGUUCCUAUUUAAUAUUUUCCUUUUAGUUUAGAAAGAUAUAGAUAUUAUCUUUGAUGAAUUCUGGUCAUAUUUAGUCAUUUUGACCAAUGGAAUACCUUCAAGGCAAUGUAAAAGCAAACGGACUUGCCUUCCUUACUCCCUGUGAUGGAAAUUCAAUGUAGUCUUCACAAUAUGAUUAAAAAAAUAAAGUAGUCUUUCCACAUCGAGGAAGAAUAUGCUUGGAAAUACGACCGCUUGAUGUCAAAACUACUUAAAUACUUUGAAGGGUAAUUUGUUUAGCAGCACAUUCCAGUCAACUCCUGUAGGGGGCUUUUCUGCUCCAUAUAUUUCAGGUUUGCACAGCUGGUCUCUUUAUUGUCUGGGUGGAGCUCUGAAGUGGAAUGCUGAGUGCACAUCCAUAGGAGAACUGAUGAUACUGUGAAAAAGGGAUCUUAGUGUUCAUUACGGUGUGGGGGAUGAGUCCCAAGAAACUUCUGAAGGAGAAAGAAUAGAAGGAAUGACUCGAUUCUUGUCACGUGCUGAGGGGCUGGCUGCUCGAAGUUUUCCAGAAGAUGGCAGGCAGAAGGAGCCCUGGUGAAAGCUUCUGUAGAGGGACUUUAUGUACUUUAGGGCUCAGAGCUCCAGAACUUUUUGGCUGCAGGUGCCAUUUUGCCCUGGAGGUCCAUCGAUGUGGAAAGUAUUUUGGAAUGAGUCUUUUGAGACAGCAUCAAAGUUCUCAAGAUACCCUGGAAGGCCUGACCCUGGAAUGACCACAGACAUUUUUCUACCUCCAGUUUGGGUCAACUGGAGUAUGCCUGGAGACCUUGAAGAAUGGAUCUGCUGCAGCCUUUACAAUGGUUCAGUGCUUGAAUUCAUUCAGAUGUGAGAGGAGUCUAGGUUUGAGAGGCAAAUAGGCCCAGUUCAUGUCCCUUUGCCAGCUGGUCUCAGGCAAGUCACUGUCUUUCCAAGACUCUGGUUCUCUUCAACUACAAAAUAAAGAUAAUGAUCACAAAUGUCUGUCCCCAUACUGUAAUCUUCUUGAGGACAUGGCCUUAGUUCAUCUUUUUUUUUUCUACUUGUCCCUGGCACUUAGUACCAUGCCUGACAUGUAAUGUUAGGUAUUAUUAUUAUUGCCAUUUAGAUAAAUUAUGCAUGACAAUUAAACUGGGCAAUGACCUGAGAAGGGAGAGCAUAUUGUAACACAAAUUUAAACCCACCACCCAGGGAUGAGGUGCAAUGAAAUUUGAGAGCCUCUUAACUGCCACCAUUUUCCUGUUUCAGGUUAUUUUAGCUUAUACUGAAAUGUGCAGCAUCUCACCUCCCACUUUUAUGUAUAUAAAGAGGUCUUCUUUAAUUUUUUUUUGCACUGUGGGGAGGGCUAUGAAUAUUAUCACUCUAGACAGAAAAUAUUGUACUUUGGUUGAUUUUUAAGUGGUCUUCUAUUCCAGGAAUUUAAUUGGUCCAAAGAUGGCCGAACCUGGCAGUGUCUGAGCUACAAAGAACAGGUGGAUUUAAGGUGGCACAUUUGCCACUUGGCCAGGUUCUUGGCAUGCAGACUUCUUUAAUCCAAGUUAUCAGAUUGGAUUUGAAAGUUAUAGAACUAUCGAGUUUGUAGAAGGGGCAAUGGCAAAAAGUAAAUAAAUAUAAAAUAAAAAUGGAAA